AUGCCGGGCGCGCCCUACGCUUUGAGGCCGUCUGUGCAAACGAACAUCGUCUUGGCCCCAACGGGCUUGACCUACGAUCAAUCCAGGGCGCCGCCUCACCGGAGAACAGCAGCACCCAACAGAAUCAAGAGGACAACCCACACGCCCUUCUUCUCGACAACCAGCCGCGAUAAAUGCUCCUUCUUCAGGCUCCCUGCCGAGAUUCGGUGCCUCAUCUACCAUGAGCUGCUGGUUUGCGGCGUGGUAAACUACCACAUCUGCCCCGCGACUCGCCGGCUACUCCUCUAUUGGUAUCAGAUUGAGAAGCCAAAUUACCCCUAUUUACGGCACGGCCUCUACCCAAGCAUCUUGGAAUGCUGCCGCCUCGCGUACGAAGAAGGGGCCGCCGUGCUCUACGGCGAAAACCAGUUCAGCCUUGCCGCCUGCGCGCCCAAGAAACGGACCGUCAACACGUGGCCGCUCUCGAAGCGCAACAUAGAGCUCAUCACGUCCCUCAGCCGCCGCGCGGAUAUUCGACUCCGAUACUCGGAGUGGGACAUGGCUGAGGCGAAGUGGGUAUUCGACAUGGAACGGACGGAGGCGGCGUGUUUUGGGCUAUACAAGCCCGUCCUGGAGCAAUAUCUACCCUCUACCAAGAGGACCAAGUGGAAGCUCAAGAUGUCCCCCGAUCUACCGGACGGCCAACGUUGUGUGUCCUUCAAAGUUGAAGUGUCAUGGGGGCGCGAUUAUAGGGAGAAGGCACGCAGAAGUUUUUAA